GGCCAGAGUCGGUGGUGGGGUGGGGAUGGCCACUGCUGGGCUUAGGAUUCGACACCUCGCCCCUCCCUGGCCUCCGCGGGCUUCCAUUGCCCAGGCCCUAGCCAGGCGCUAGGACGCGCAGGGCCGGGGUCCCAGGGGCGCAGCCCCCCGCGGCUGCGCGCUGGGCCGGGCGGUGACAUCACCGGGCUGGGGAGGGGAGGAGCGCGCGGGAGCUCAGGGCCUCGAUCGCGCCAGGCACAGUCCGGGUCGGCUCGGUCCGGCGGCUGCGGCCAUGACGCAGGGCCCAGGCGGGCGCGCAUCCCCCGCGCCCCCCGCAGCCCCGGAGCCCGAGGCGCCCACCACCUUCUGCGCUCUGCUGCCGCGCAUGCCUCAGUGGAAGUUUGUGGCGCCCGCCGGCUUCCUGGGCCGCGGCUCAGCGGCGGCGCGGGCGGCCGACCCCCAGGCCGAAGGCGCGGGCGCGGCGGGCGUCCCCGCGCUGGCUGCUGCUGUGCUGGGAGCCUGCGAGCCGCGCUGCGUCGCGCCCUGUCCUCUGCCGGCGCUCAGCCGCUGCCGAGCUGCGGGGGUGCGCGGACCUCGGGGCGCGCGGGGGGCGGCCGGCCCUCCAGAAGCCACCGCGGACGAGUGGGUCCGCAAGGGCAGCUUCAUCCACAAGCCGGCGCACGGCUGGCUGCACCCCGACGCCAAAGUCCUGGGGCCCGGGGUCUCCUACAUCGUUCGGUACAUGGGCUGCAUUGAGGUGCUCCGCUCCAUGCGCUCCCUGGACUUCAGCACACGCACCCAGGUGACCAGGGAAGCCAUCAACCGCCUCCACGAGGCUGUGCCCGGCGUCCGGGGCUCCUGGAAGAAGAAGGCCCCCAAUAAGGCACUGGCCUCCAUCCUGGGCAGGAGCAACCUCCGCUUCGCAGGCUUGAGCGUUUCUGUCAACAUCUCUGUCGACGGGCUCAACCUCUCGGUUCCUGCCACCCACCAGGUCGUGGCCGCCCACCACAUGCAGUCCAUCUCCUUCGCCUCGGGCGGCGACACGGACAUGAUGGACUACGUGGCCUACGUCGCCAAGGACCCCAUCAACCAGAGAGCCUGCCACAUCCUGGAGUGCUGCGAGGGCCUGGCACAGCGCGUGAUCGGCACCGUGGGCCAAGCCUUCGAGCUGCGCUUCAAGCAGUACCUGCACGGCCCCCCGCUGGCAGCGGUGCCCCCCGAGAGGCUGACUGGCCAGGAGGAGUCGGCCUGGGGGGACGAGGAGGAGGCCGAGGGACAUGAUUACUACAACAGCAUCCCAGGAAAGGAGCCGCCCCUGGGCGGGCUGGUGGACUCCAGGCUCCCGGUCGCCCAGCCCUGCACCCUCGGGGCCCUCAGCCAGGGCUCAACUGCACGGAGAGACGCCCGCGGCCAGCAGUGGGACCUGGGUCCCUCAGGUUCAGCCUCGCCAGGGGACGGCUACGUGCAGGCUGAUGCCCGGGGACCGCGGGACUAUGAGGACCACCUGUAUGUCAACACCCAGGGCCUGGAUGCUGCGGAACCUGAGGCUCCCGUGUCCCUGCCCGCUGAGGACAGCCCUAAGAAGGACCUGUUUGACAUGCGACCCUUCGAGGACGCCCUGAAACUGCACGAGGGUUCGGCCGCGGUGGGUGUGAUGGCAGCACCGCCCCCCUUGGAGGACCAGUGGCCCAGCCCCCCGACCCGCCGGGCCCCCAUCGCCCCCACGGAGGAGCAGCUGCGGCAGGAGCCCUGGUACCACGGCCGCAUGAGCCGGCGGGCGGCGGAGAGGCUGCUCCGCGCGGACGGGGACUUCCUGGUGCGCGACAGCGUCACCAACCCGGGGCAGUACGUCCUCACGGGCAUGCAGGCCGGGCAGCCCAAGCACCUGCUGCUGGUGGACCCCGAGGGUGUGGUGCGGACGAAGGACGUGCUGUUCGAGAGCAUCAGCCACCUCAUCGCCUACCACCUGCAGAACGGGCAGCCCAUCGUGGCUGCUGAGAGCGAGCUGCACCUGCGUGGCGUGGUCCCACGGGAGCCCUGAGCCAGGCGAUGGCUCUGCCCUGUCCCUCCUCUGGUGCUCAGCCUCGCUCUCGGACCUCUCAGGCCAGAACACCUCGCCACGCUCUCCUUCCUGCGCACGAGCCUCUGGAGUCCCUCCCUGCUGAGCCCACCGCCCCGGUGACCCCUCGGCGAGGGCCGUAACCCAGAGACAGACCCUUUCGUGCCCUUCAAGGCGACACAUGAAACGCAGUCCUCCUUCCAAGCCCGGCUUCCAUCCGUGCAGAGAGGCCCGCCGUCUUCUCCCAGGCUGGACUUCAGGGCGUGUCCCUGGAGCGUUAGGGUUCCUGGCCCUGGUGUGGAUGUGGACUCCUGUCCGCCAGGCUGUUCUUCCACCUGAGAAACUGGGUGCAUGUUGACGAUUUGAGGGGAGAACUAAGGUGCUUGGGGUCUCAGGCCAGGGCACACCCCAACAUUGAAGGGGGCAGCCUGGGGUGAUGGUGGUGUCCAGGCUGCUCUGAGUCAGUUGGCAGUGGUGGCUGUGAAGUCCCCUGCCCAUGGGACAGGAGGAGAGAUGUGGCUGCCCACCAGGAUGUGCCUAGCAGCUGCCCUGUCCUCGCCCUCAGCUGUUGACCUGGACUGGACCCUUGAAUCUGUUUGUAACAAGCCCUGGGAAUGGCCACAGCCUCGAGUGCAGGCCCCCCUGCACACGGAGGGGUUCUGGUGGGGUCAAGAGGCCAGGCCAGGGCUCCCCAUUGGGCAUCCAAGCAGAGGCUCUGGCGCCCAGGUUGGCCUUGGGGCUGGGGGAUGGGGACAGUGAGCCAGGGGCCUGGGCGGGGGCUGUGCUCUGCCUGUGGGCUGGCUCCCCGGCCCCUGCUUCCACUCCAAGAUAAAGUGAAUUCAGCCCUGUCAACUCGCGUCCCUGACUUCUCUGUGGAGACGCUUUGCGCAUCUCCCCAGAGCUACAGACGUGCCCGAACCCCAUCUGCGGCAGGCCCCUGGCGCCUCCUCCUCACCCUGGACUCACCCCCAAGCACAGCAGACCUGGUCCCCAGCUGCUCCCACACACCCCGUCUCCCUUGGGGCCUGCUUCUUUCCCAAGCUGCCAGCUUCUCUGGGUUCUCCUUCCCAGAGUUACUCCAAGCCUCUGCCCCCAGGGGACCCCACUCCUCACCAGGACCCUUGUCCGACUCUUUCACAGAUGUGCGGCAUCUUUCCCAAAGAGGCCCCAGUCUUCACCACAUCGCUCUGGGCACAUCUGCCAAUGUCUGGGGCCAGAGGUUGCCUGGGCUUCCCUCUGGGUAGGGGCUAUGCUUUCUCUGUGCACAGGAAGCCCUGUCCUGUGCCUGGAGGGACGUGUCUGAAAUGGCAUGGGGAGUAGAAGCCACUCUGGUCUGUCCUGACUAGUGAAGCCUUCAAAGGAAGAGACAGAGCAGAUCAUCUUGUGCCAUGUCCCAUUUAGAGCCACCAGUCUAUCCACCACGCCAGCCACCCACCAUUCCAGUCAUCCACCAUCCAUCCACCCAUUCUUUCAUCCAUCCCCACCAUCCACCAUCCACCAUCCACCAUCCACCA